GUUUUGAUUUAGUUGUAGCCUGUUUUCUUCGUCGAGGCUGAAGCUUAUGAGAACGCUUAUGCUGAGGGAUGAUGGAUGGACCGACUACAAGGUUGUUUUCGUAGUUGUGGCUGAAGUUUGUAGGGAUGUUCCUGCUGAGGGAUGAUCGGCGGAUUGCAAAGGUUGGUUUCGUCGUCGUGACUGAGGCUCAUUGGAAUGUUCGUGCUAAGGGAUGAUCGCUGGACUACAAGGUUGGUUUCGUCGUCAUGGCUGAAGCUUAUUGGAAAGUUCGUGCUAAGGGAUGAUCGAUGGACCACAAGGAUCUUUUCGUAUUCUUUCCUGGACUCCUGCCCUGAGAUUAGUUGGGAGAACCAUCCUGAGAAAACAACGAUGUCUCAAACUGGUGAGGACCACGACUUCGGCACCAGCGUCAAAGGGAGGUACUUUCCUGGAUGUCCUUCACCAUCCGUCCAUGAAGGCUUCAACCGGGAGUGUCGGUCGCGAAUAUUUCGGGAGUGUAGGUACUGGAGCUUCCAAAUUUGGACUUGGAAGCUUCCAAUCCGCGGGAUUUCGGAGUUUCCGUGGUGCUGCGUCUCGGAAACUUCGAAAUUCGAAUCUCGAGGUCUCCAAACCAAUGAACCUUCGGGUUUAUAUGUUUUGGAGACCAUGAGAUUCGAAUUUCGAUGUUUUUGGGGCGCAGUAUCUCGGAAACUUCGACAUUUCGUGUAUUGGGGACUUCCUAGUUCAAAUUUGGGGGCUUCCAGCUUCCGGGCCUUGUCCCGGACGGUCUUCGAAUUAACAAAACACUAAACGCUAAACCUGGUAGGCGUGAAAAAUUCAUUUUUUUUAUAAAUAAAACACAGUGUAAGGA